CCUUGUGUUUUCGCCGCCAUCCACACACAAACAUCCUUUCUCCCGAUCUGCUCUUUCCAGGGAAUUCGACUUUUCCCGCCUCUCUCGAGACCGCGCUGCCGUUUUCUUCUGAGUCGAAGCCGCGCUCGCGCCUUUUUUCGCUCUCGCGCUCGGGUCUCUGAUCCGUUGGACGGCGAGCUUUCUUUGGAAAUCUGCUCUUCUUUUUGCACACAAUGAAGCCGUCUUCUCUCUCCAGCUUCGCUCAGCGAGUGAGGAAAAGCGGAACACGACAUGCUGGCCGCUGCUUCUCUCGGGGUCUGGUCGCUGUCUGUGGCUUCUCUCAACAGAAAACCGGCACAGAUCUUCUCCCCAGCCUCUCUCUCUCACGUUCGGCCGCGACUUCUUCAGAGACGUCCAGUCCUCUUCUCUCCUCGACAGAUACGCACCUGGGCGACGCUUCUCAUCUCUUGCCACCGUCCAGUGCAGUUUCUUCCUUCUCUGCUCUGUCAUCUGCUGUUGCUCUCUCUCAGACACCCUUCUCACGCGUCUCUCAGCCGCCUUUGCUCCCUCGCUGGGGUCUCCUGACCGCCUUCUCCUCUUCCUCCCUUCGCUACUCUUCUCUCCUCUCUUCUUCUUCUCCUUCUCCCUCCUCUCCGUCUCCUUCUCCUUCUCCCUCCUCUCAGUCUCCGUCUCCUGCUUCUUCUUCUUCUCCCUCCUCUUCUUCUCCUGCUUCUUCUUCUCCGUCUCCGUCUCCUUCUUCUUUUCCGCACUAUUCGCGUAGGCACUUCAAGCGUCAGUCUCCGCGUCAGCUGCACCAGUUGGCGUCGAACCUCGCGGCUCGAGGCUGCACCGACGUCGUUCUCUGGAGUUCGAUGAUUCAGCGCGCAAUCGAGGUCAACCGGUCGCCGGAGUCUGGUGCGGCCGACGUGAGUGUCGCGCCGUUUCGCUUCUUCGAGGCUCUCGGCUUCUUGGGCGCUGUCUCUUCGCUGGGUCUCACCGACCGCGAGCUCUUCCUCUCCUUCGUACCUUGCUUCCUUCGCUCGCUGUCGGCCUUGGAGCCGCGACAUCUCGUUCAACUCUUGACCGUCUAUGAAGCCGCGGGCGUGAGGCCCCGCGGCCUCUACGUCGCCGUCUUCAAUCGAGUUCUCAAGCUUGCUCCAUCCUUCUACUCUCACGAGUUCGCGGACUUCCUCUGCUGCCUUGCGCGCCUGAAAAUCGCGAAUCCCUCCUUCCUCUCAGCUUUCUCGCAGACACUCGUCUCACGACUUCCCGAAAUCGCCUUCCCCGAUGCAUGCAGAUGCGUCGGCGCACUCCGCAGUCUCGGCGUCGCCCAACAGUCUCUCUUCGACCUCUUCGACGAAAGACAAAAGAAGGAACUCGAACUCCUCCCCACACAACUCCUUCUCGAGGACUUCCAGAAGGUUCUCAGCCUCGAGUUCAGCUGGCAGGCGUACGAAAACAUGAUUCAAGAAGAAUUCAUCAAGCGAACGGAAGCGAUGAUCGACGACAAAGACGUGGACGAACUCGCGGAUCCUUUUGCGUGUCUGAAUUUUAUGAAGACGAGGAACCUUGUCUCUGAUAAAUUUCUACUCGCCCUCAGCAAGUGGUGUAGAGCCGCCGUCAACCGUCCUGCAACUCGAUCGUACAAACGUCCCUUGGCGCAUCAACUGGUCGAGCUUCACGAUCUCAUGAGAGAAAGGAAUCUGGAGCAGAACAAAGCUCUUGAGCAGGCCGUUCUUCGAUUUGUUGCUGAUGACGGAGGCUGCAAGCGCCGGCCGCGAGAGGUGAAGCCUCUGCUGUAUCAGCGGAACCGACGCUACAUUUCCUGUCCUGACUUGAUCCCCGACGGCAUCGAGCCUGCGCGUCCCUGCGCCGAGGCACUCCCGGACGUCUUCAUGGAGCGCCAGGCGUCUCUCGUCCGCGCAUGCACACCUGAGGACCUCGCGCGACAAGAACUCCCCUUCGCAGUCCAAGCUGAGACCGCCUACCGGCGCCUCCAGAGAAACAAAAGAUUUCUGCGCUUCGUCCAGGAAGAGCAAAGUGAAGAGACCCAGCUAGGCGCGGUCUAACGAAACGCUUCAAAGGGGUUCUUCAAAAACGCCAACUGAACCUCACGAAGCC